CUGGUCUACAAUUUUUUCACAAGGCCGUGGAUCUUAUCAAUGCCGAAGACUACACCGCAGCUUAACAUAAAGCCUGCGCCUUGAGCUCUCAUCCGGCAUCUGUCUUCAGCCCUCUCAACUUCCAACCCCAAAUGCAUCUCAGAUCUUCAGAUGUAUCGGCAGCCCUGUGGCUCGCCGCCAAUGCCAUACCCAACUACAGCACGACUCCCAAUGCGACAAUUGAGUUCAAACACUGGCCUGCCAAUGCAUCAAGAGCCCUCAGCAACAUGAUCGUCAGGAACGCGAACCAGAGCAACCACGCGGUGCUCGACAUGGACAACACAAGCUACCGAGACGACCUCGAAGAGUUCCUGCUCCCAUUCCUUGAAAACCGCGGCAUUCUGACUCGUGAGAACCUGGACCCAACACUGAAAUUGAUUGACUUCAAGGACACUGCGAACUUCACAGAAACGCUAUAUAGCUACUAUCUUCGCUUGUGUGAAGACGAUGACUUCAUUUGCUACCCAUGGGUUGCGCAAGUCUGGUCAGGAUUCACACUACGCGAGCUGAAAGGCUAUGUUGAUGAGCUCAUGGCUCUCAACUCGAUGAUUCCUACCCGGUCCUGGGAUGGUGAUGAAGUCGUCAACUCUACGGUCAGUUCUCCUCAGGUCUUUCGUGGCCAGGCGGAGCUGUACAAUGCUAUUAUGGACAACGGCAUCGAAGUCUACGUUAUCAGCGCCGCGCAUGAAGAGCUCGUCCGCAUGGUUGCCAGCGACCCGAAAUACGGCUACAACGUCCCACCGCAGAAUGUCAUCGGUGUCACUACCAUGCUGGCAAACUCAACCUCGGGCUAUCUCACCAAUGCUCGUAAGCAGAUCGUUGAGGGAACCUAUGAUCCAGAAGCGAAUCUCGAUCUGAUCCUUGGACCGUAUCUAUGGACCACGACCACGUGGUUUUCUGGCAAGUGGGCUGCGAUUCUGACUUACAUCGAUCAUUGGAAGCGCCCAACUCUCGCAGCUGGAGACACUCCUGGCUCCGCCUCCUACAUGUUGUUCCACGGCGUGGACACCACGAAGGGAGGCAUUCACUUAUGGAUCAACCGCCGAGAUGCGUACUGGGAGAUAAUGCAGGGCGAGAUCCGCGACAACACUGCUGCGCAGACUGCAAACGGAAGAGAAGUGACUACCGAUAAGAACUGGGUUGUUGUCAAGCCUGCAGAUAUCUUGUAGAGCGUAGUCUACAAGGUAGGUACAGAUGAUUUUGCGCUGCUUGAUGCGUAGAAAGUAUCAAAUCCAACAAUUAAGCUUUUUGGAAGCAUUUGAAAACUGACUUCGUGUUGAUAUUCGUAAAUGAGUGAGG